CCCAGCCUGCUGGUGUCUCCCCCUCCCAGGAGUAAUCUCUGCAGCAGACUGUACACAGGGGAAAAGUUUGCAGCCUGCAGCCUGCAGCCCACACUCCCCUCCUCUCCCACCCCCAGCACCGGCUGACGUCAGGCCGCUCUGCGUGCUCCCGGAGUUCGCACAGGCUGAGCCGGCUGCUGGGGGCACAGAGGGCGAUGGAGUUGGGAGAACUCUGGAAUAUGUGAUAUGCCCGCACGGAGAAUGAACUGCUGGGCCGCCUUCCCCUCCGGAGUGAUUGCACUGGGUGUCCUGCUGUGCUGCUGCUGCCUGCAGACUAGAGCAGCUUCUUUUUAUGGUGAAAGUUAUAUUGAAUUGAAAAAAGUUGAAUCGUUUGCCAGAUUGUCUCUUCAGUUACGUUUCCGAACCAGCAAAGCAGAUGGGUUACUGUUUUUGGCAGCUGGGAGAGAUGAUUACAGCUUGGUUGAGCUACGUGCAGGACGUGUGCAGGUGAAAGUGAGCCUUGGAGAAGGGGAACUGGUACUUUUCAUUGACCAAGGACCUCAAUUACAUGACUUGGAAUGGCACUUAGUUAAGUUACACCAGGAAAAGAUAGACGUCACACUUACAGUUGAUAAAUAUGUGAAAUCUAAUGUCAUAAGUCACAGUGGAUCAAAUACACUCGAUGUACAACAUGGUCUCUAUGUUGGUGGCCUUGGAGACCUGAAAGUCCCAUAUGCAAAAGACAUUCAUGAAUACUUCAGGGGGUGUCUGGAGGAUGUUGUGUUCAAUGAGUAUGAAUUAGUUUCUUCCCUCCGGCCAUACCCUGGUCUGAAAAAUGUCCAUGAGGUUUCCCUAGGAUGCAGUGAGGAGUUCUUUAUAAGCGAAGAUGAUCCCAUCAGUUUGUUCAGUUCCAAGUCUUACUUAGUUUUCCCCCGUUGGGCCAUAGAAGAGGCAGCAGUCUGGGAGUGCUUGGUGCAGGCCUCUUUUGGCAGAGGUUUACUUCUGUAUCAUUCUGGAAAAGCUGAGGAUUUUAUUUCGCUGGAAAUUAUAGACUGGACUGUAAGAGCCACGAUUAGAAAAGGCAAACAUAUUGUACAUCUUGAUUCUUCCGGAGCCAUUACCGAAAACAAAUGGCAUUACAUUAAACUUAAAAUCUCACCAAGACAUCUUCACCUGACAUUGGAUGAAAAAACAGAAAAUGCUUUGCUCUCUUCUCACGUUAAAACGCAUGGUUCUUUGUACGUAGGUGGUGUUGAUGAAGUUUCUCGUGACCAUGUAAAACGCUUGGGCAUAACAACGUUUUCUGGAAAGCAUGCGAAGGGAGGAGCAUUUAAAGGUUGCAUUAAAAACAUAAAGGUUAAUUCGGUUAAGUAUGGAUUAAAAAAUGUCUUGGCCACUAGAGAUAUUUCAGCGGGUUGCAAAACUGAAGUUGUGUUGAGUACUGUACCGGCAAUAGUAGCUAGAACCUUCCGAUUAACAACUGUGGAUCCUAUAACUUCCGUUUCUACCACUUUGACAACCAAAAAUGAUGGAAAAGAUAACUUUAUUGUCCUUAAUAACUUGGUGGUUCAGGAGGGUAGCAAAGCCACCUUACAAUCUAAACAUAUCAAAUUGAAUUUGGACUUUAAAGGGCUUGGCCUGCGUCAGUCACAAGUUUCAUUUAAGGUAGCAGAAUACCCACUACAUGGCCAGUUAAAAAUGGAUGUUUCUUCUCAACAAGAUAAGGGCACAUUUACUAUGCUGGAUCUGUGGCAUGGGCGAAUAAUGUAUGUCCACGAUGGCUCAGAGGGAACAAGUGAUCAUUUUAGCUUUUCUGUUACUACAACCAGCAAAAAUGAGAUGCCCUUGUAUCUGCGAGGCCAAAAGCACCACAUCUUCAACAUUACUGUGACACCAUAUAAUGAUUCUCCGGAACUGCUACUACCGGAUGGAAACUUGUUCACCUUACUGGAAAAUUCCAAAAAACAGCUUACCGGUAGUCUGCUAAACAUUUCUGAUGUCGACACGGAGCCACAGAACCUACAUUUGGUGGUACUUGGUAACCUCAAUAAAGAUGCUGGCUUUUUAGAAAACGUGAGAUAUCUAGAAAAGGCACUUACCACAUUUUCUUAUUCCGAUCUACUUGAAGGCAACAUAUUUUAUGUCCACCAUGGGGUCAAGAAUGCAAGGCUCGUGCUAAGGGUUAACGAUGGUGAUAAAGUGAGCAACACUGUUGUGUUGAGAAUUUUGGCAGUUCCUCUUAAUUAUAAAGUAGUGAAUAACAGUGGGAUUGUAGUGACACAAGGGGGAAAUGCUUUAAUCCAGACUAGCAAUGUAGCAGUGGAAACCAAUGCAGUGAAUCAGGACAUAGAAAUCAAGUAUGACAUUAUAGUGAUGCCAAGGUUUGGCCAGAUCCAGAGGAGAAGCUCUGGUAAUGAAUGGAAGCUGGCAACCUCAUUUACUCAGCGCGCUCUAGAGCGAGACAGAGUACGAUACCUUAGUACUUACAAGGAAAUUCAAGAAUCUGAUGUAAUGGAAAAAGUGACAUUGAAAGUCACUGUAGCAAAUCGAUCCAGUGAAGAUGUGGUGUUUCCAAUUAAAGUCCAGUGGCUUAAAUAUACAUUGCUUAGAAAUGUUCCUCUAAACAUUGAAAGCGCAAAGAAGACCAUAAUUGGAUAUGACAACCUACAUGCUGUUGUUGAGGGCAUCAAAAUGGAGGACAAGGAUAUUUAUUAUAAGUUACAGUCUUUGCCCGGUAAAGGGAAAAUUCUAGAUAAAAAUGAGGUUUUAAAUGAAAAUGCCAUGUUCACCCAGGGGGAUGUCACAGAAGGAAAGAUUGAGUAUGAACUAAGCAAUCCACAUCAUGAAGACACCCAGGAUUUCUUUAAUUUCAUACUGUUCACAAAACAUGCGGAGUCCAAAUUAUAUACUUUUACUAUCAACAUUAAAGCCGAUUUGAACAGCAUCAUUCUGACAAACAAGGCCUUGUCAGUAGUAGAGGGUGAAACGCGUCUUGUAACUAAAGAUGAGCUCUUUGUUGAAACAUUAAGUAAUAAAAAAUUUUUUUUCAAGGUUUUGAAAAGUCCACUCCAUGGCAAGCUGAAGUUGAUUAAUUUUUCAGAUUCCCUUCUAAGCAACGAUAACAUCACCGCCUUCUCCAGUCGUGAUAUUUUGGGUGAGCGCCUCAUGUAUGUCCAUGAUAACUCAGAAACGGUGGCAGACUCCUUUGUCGUUCUUGCGUCCUCUGUAGCCUUCGAGACUGAAAAUGUUGACCUAACCACUGUGCCCUUGAAGACAGAACUCACUUUUAAUAUAUUGAUUGAGUUGAAGAAUGACGAGAAGCCCAUCCGUGUGGUUGACAAGCUUUUUCAUGUGGUUAGGAAUGGUCAGAGGUUGGUGACUUUAGAAGACUUGUGCUACCAUGAUCCGGACACUGAUUUUUCUGAUGGCCGGUUGUUAUAUUCCAGGCGUGGUAUUCCAAAUGGAGACCUUGUUCUAGCUAAUGAUACUUCAAAGAAGCUUUAUCAGUUUACCCAGGAAGACUUGGAGGAAAAAAGCGUACUCUUCAUACACCAUGGCGUAGAGUACAGCCGCUUUGUCCUGUUUGUAACUGAUGGAAAACAUUACACGUCCUCACUUCUAGAAGUUAGUGCAUCAGAACCGUACAUUAAAGUAAUUACUAACACAGGGUUGUUGGUGCAGAAAGGGAAAGAGAACAUACUAACCACAGCCAACUUUAGUAUUGCUACAAACAUGUACGUAGAAAGUGAUCGGGACAUCAUUUAUAAUAUUCGCUUGCCACCAAAACAUGGAAACAUUUAUGUACAGAACUUGAUCCAGGGAUCCUUCACCCACCAAGAUUUGAAAAAUAGUCACGUGGUUUACAAACAUAACGAUGGCAGUUAUCUUUCUGACACAGUCAACCUUACCGUAACCAUUAACGCUAUGACUUUGGAUGUUGAAGUUAAAAUUCGUGUUUAUUUGGAAAGUCAUCAGCAGCUUCCGACUGUGCAACAUCUCAAUAGUCUCGUAGUAGAAGAAGGAAAACCGGUUAAAAUAGACAAAGACAAGUUGCAAGUUGUCCAUGUGGAUAACACGCCAGACGAGAUUGUUUUUACAGUGAUAACAAGUCCAUCACAUGGAUAUAUCCAUAGAUCUGAACCUACGGAAGGCCGCUUUCCCGAAGAUCCAAAGUCUAUCGUGACGUUUACCCAGCAAGAUAUCAACAGAGGGAACCUCCAGUACGUACAGACUGAGGCUGGCUGGUUACACGAUAACUUUACCCUGGAUGUCACCAACGGCGUUCGAGAGAUAAAUGGGAUUACACUCUCUGUGGAUAUAAUUCCUAUCCAGAUUCCACUGCAGAUCCAGAACAUUACUGUGAGGGAAGGAGCAGCCAAAGCUUUGACACAGGAACAGCUGUACAUUCCUAACAAGCAUUUCCAGGACCUUACUUCUGAGUUUGUUUUAUUGGAUGCACCCAAAAACGGCUAUGUUGAAAACACGAGAUUUCCUGGGAUAAGGUUAUCUAGAUUUACCAGGAAACAGGUGGUGCAAGAACUGAUAUAUUACGUGCAUGAUGAUGGUGAAACAAUACAGGAUAACUUUACUGUAAUUGUGAAUGACACUGAACUCUCCAAACAAAGUCUUCCGCGGACAAUAUUUGUGACCGUCACUCCCGUAAAUGACGAAUUCCCAGUUAUAAAGGCCAACAGGAUUUUCCAGGUCUGGGUUGGCUCAGUGACAGAAAUAACUUCCAAUGAUCUUUCUGCAGAAGACCAGGACUCCUCCCCCGCAGAUCUUGUUUUCUCCAUUACACCUCCCAGUAAUGGCCACCUGGCGCUCAGAUCCAAUCCAGAUAAAAGUAUUCUUAAUUUCACACAGAAACACAUAGAUGACGGUCACCUGGUGUUUGUACAUGGUGGGUCUAUGUCCGGAGGAUUCAACUUCCAGGUUACAGAUGGCUUGAACUUUGCUCCAAGACAAAUUUUUAGUAUUACCGCGAAGACGCUGGUUAUCAGUAUAGUAACUAAUAAAGGACUGGGUGUUUUUCCAGGAAAGCGGAGAGUCAUUUCUUCUGAUGUACUAAAAGCCGUAACUAAUGACGAUGGCAGUCUGAAUAACAGAACGAUAAGGUUUGAUGUUUCCAGUCCUCCCAAACAUGGCCGCAUUAUUAGGUUAGGACAACAAAAUACAACCGAGGAAGUGUCCAGCUUUACACAGUUAAUGGUUGAUGAAGGUGUAAUUAUGUAUGAGCAUACAGACACAGAAGUUUUGGUGUGGAGUACACAGGAUUCCUUCACUUUCACAGUGUCCUCUUCUCCGGCUGUCCUGGAAAAGCAGGUGUUCCUUAUCACAGUGUCGUAUGAGGUCACUGAUCCCGGCUGGCACAGCCGUCUGAUCGCCAACACAGGUGCUUCCGUUGUAGAAGGAGGAAAAGUUCAGAUAGACAAGUCAAAGUUAAAUGCCUUAAAUCUUCUGGCCAGACUGCCGGAAUCUCAGCGAGCCUCCUAUGAAGUCUGGUUCCAGGUGAUCUCGUUACCCAGACACGGCGUGAUUGUUGUCGGGGACCGGAACAUUACUAAAGAAAAACCCAACUUCUCUCAGUACAUUGUGAGUAAGUUUGGGAUUACAUACUUGCAUGACGGAGCAGAGUCGCCCACGGACAACUUUACUUUUGCCACGUGGCUAAAUCUAAAAAGCAAAUCGGCUGUGAAGCCAGACAUUGAUGUGAUAGAGGAGAUGUUUAAUAUCACCGUAAUUCCUGUUAAUGAUCAGGCUCCUGAGCUCAAGACAAAACGGUCCAAUCUGAGAGUCCUGCAAGGGAAACUGAUGGCAUUUGCUCCAGAAAACCUAAACGUGGAAGAUCUGGAUAACCCCCCAGAAGAUAUAAAGUACACUGUGAUAAGUCCACCGAACAAUGGUUACUUGGCAAAAUCUGACAACUUGAAUGCUUCUGUCCAGUAUUUUACCCAAGCAGACAUUAACAAAGGUGACCUGUGGUUUGUUCAAGAUGGGAGUGCAAGUUCUGGGGUGUUUUAUUUUAGCGUGACGGACGGCAAACACAAACCGUUGUAUAAACUCUUUAAUCUGGAUGUGACACCUGUUUCCAUUACCCUGGUGAACAAUACAAACCUGGUCUUCACUCAAGGGCAGACUUUUGUAACCAUUACCAGUAGCAAUCUUGCAGCUACAACAGAUGGAAAGAGUACAGUGGUAAGUUAUGAGAUAUCGCAGCCUUCCAGGUUCGGCAGCAUCGUAAUUGACAGCAUACCAGUGACCAAGUUUGAUCAGGUGGAUCUAGAACUGGGCAAAGUAACCUUCCACAUCGCUAACUUCACCUCAUCUCAAGAUAGUUUUGAGCUUUUGCUCUCCACUCCAGAAACCAACCUCACGGGACAGGUAAUGAACAUCACAGUGGAGCCGCUGGUAAAUGUUCUACCAGGACUGAAAAUACCAACAAGCAUAAUGUAUACAUUAAAGACUAAGGACUUAGAUGCAACGGAACUGUCCAACCUGACCAGCAGUGACCCAGAGUAUCAUGUUCUUGAUGCACCAGUGUAUGGAAGAAUUAAGAAGAAAGUGUUUCCAAAAAAUGGUUAUGAGGAUACUGAUAUGUUCACACAAAGCGACAUUGAGACAGGACGUAUAUUGUUGGCUGUUGAUGCCAAUGUCACAGAUCAGGAAAUGGUGAAUGAUUCCUUUGUCUUUCAGCUCUCGGCACACGGAGUGCCGCCGGCUUUGGGGUACUUCAGAUAUUCCGUGGUCCCAUAUGAACAGCUACUUGUGGAGGCCACCACAUCCGUAGAACCUCUGUCACCCAGCACUGCUGCAUCUUUGUAUACCAGUCUGGCGUACAGGACAAGCACAGCAGGUCACUGGCUGAUAAAAAACCACACAGACGUUGCCGUAAAGAGAUUCGGCAAUCGCAACCGUUGGGGAAACCAAAAAAGCGAGGAACCCCUGCUAUCUGCAGAUGUCACGUCCACUAGUACUUCCUUUAGAGGGAUCAUCACUAAACCGGUUGCCACUAGUCCAAAAGCAGAGCCGAGCCAGAGCAGUCCGCUUUCCAUCAUCAUCCCGCUGGUAGUUCUUGCCAUCUUGAUACUUGUGAUCAUCUUCAUUGUUUGGUUUCUACGUAAGAAACGAAAGGCAAAGCGAGCUGUACCACACGUCCGCAGCCAUUCCUACAGCAUGGUGCCCCAGGUCCCGUCUCCGUACACUGAAAGAAGCACCACUGUACCAACCGUGACAGUGACCCCUCUGCAAAGACCCACUGACCUCUGUUCUGCAAGCCCGGCGCUGCCAGUCAGACAGGACCAUGUACUUACAGGCUCAGCCCCCUCCUUCAGUGCCCAUAGUCAUCAGAACUGGUUGCAGAUGGAUCCUGAAAUGAUCGAGCAUUGUCGGAAGACUAACCCCACUCUUAAGAACAACCAGUAUUGGGUAUAGCAGACUGUGCCUGCCAAAACAUUUAUAAUAUUUUAACAUAUUUUAUAAAUAUGUGUAUUUAUGGUAUUUACUGAAAUAACCAUUAUAUUUAUUUAAAAAAAAAAAUUCAUAUGCUAUGUAAGAGAUACGUCAUUUUCUUAUUCAUGUAAUAGUUAACUAGUAUGGUCUAGUUUUGACUGUUAACCUGAUUUAAAAUGUUGUGUGUGUUAAUAGACACACAUUUAUCAUGUGAUCCCUUUGGAAAUGUAUACUUUGUGCACCAAAUUUUAAAUGCUAUUAGUCCUAUAAAUGGCAUGCAUGUGUGUUUAUCAUA